AUGGGGUGGCAGGACCUUUGCCAAUUUGGUCAGAAGCUGGUGCGCAGACGCCCCCUGGAGGCAAGCAAGACGCAGAGCGGCCUGGCCAGUUGCUUGACCACCUUGGAUCUGGUGGCUCUGGGUGUAGGCAGCACCCUGGGAGCAGGCGUCUAUGUCCUAACUGGGCAAGUGGCCAGGGACAUAGCUGGACCAUCGAUCGUCAUCUGCUUCCUGGUGGCUGCCCUGUCCACUAUGUUGUCCGGACUCUGCUAUGCGGAGUUUGGGGCCCGGGUCCCCUGCUCUGGAUCCGCGUAUCUCUACAGCUAUGUGACAGUGGGCGAACUGUGGGCCUUCACCACCGGCUGGAACCUCAUCCUCUCCUACAUCAUCGGUGAGAUGCGGGGGCAGGGGUGUAGGUGGGAGGGGGAACAAGGGACUGAGAGCAGCUGUUCCCCGAGAAAGGUCACAGCCCAGAAAACCCCACGCAGCCCAGUUCUCUGCUCUGUACCACACGGGUUAUUGCCUUUAUACGUUUUCUCCACAGGAUUGCUGGUUCUGGGAGCAAGGGAGUCAGCCCUGGUGACCAAGUUGUUCACAGGCAUGAACCUUUUGGUCCUCAGUUUUGUCAUCCUCUCCGGUUUCAUUCUGGGAGAUGUGCACAACUGGAAGCUCGGGGAGUCGGACUACAACCAGAGCAUGGCUGCGGUCAGCAACACUUCUAGUUUGGGUCCUCUGGGCUCUGGCGGAUUCAUGCCUUUUGGCUUUGAGGGGAUCCUCCGAGGAGCACCGACGUGUUUCUUCGCAUUUGUUGGUUUUGAUUGCAUUGCCACUACAGGGGAGGAAGCCCGGAACCCUCGUUGGUCCAUCCCUGUGGGCAUUGUGGUCUCGAUCUUCAUCUGCUUUCUGAUGUAUUUUGGAGUCUCUGCCUCACUCACCCUCAUGAUGCCCUACUACCAGAUCCACAACAAGAGCCCCUUGCCGGUGGCUUUUUCCCAUGUUGGCUGGACCUUUGCAAGAUACGUAGUGGCUGUUGGCUCCCUCUGUGCUCUUUCAUCCAGCCUCCUGGGUGCCAUGUUCCCCUUACCUCGAGUGAUCUACUCAAUGGCAGAGGAUGGGCUCCUCUUCCGAGGUCUCGCCCGGAUCCAUGCUCGUACACACACUCCUGUCUUGGCCACGCUGGUCUCCGGAAUCAUUGCAGCACUCAUGGCAUUCCUCUUUGAGCUCGGUGAUCUUGUGGACCUCACGUCGAUUGGGACCUUGCUUUCUUACUCUAUGGUGGCCUUUUCUGUCCUUGUCCUCAGCCUUAAAACAGGCUCCUAA